AUGUCCAAAGAAGGUGAUCAUUUUCGUUUGUUAAUCUGUAAAAGUAAGUCCUUUCCAUUCCAAUAAAGGCGGCAUAUUCGAAUUUCGAAUUCGUGAAGUUCUUCCAUUUUUUCCCCAUUUAUCUUGCCACCUAACAAUAUAUUGUACUUCUUGAAGAAGGAAUUGAUAAAGUUUUAGCCUUACCGAUAUAUCCCGGUUAAACGAAGAGCCAAUGUUUCAGUGGGUGAUCAGUACUGUGGAUUGGACAAUUUGGGCGCUCCGCCUCCUCCGCCGCCAGCUGCUGCCAAUCCGCUCCCGCCGCCUCCAGCAGCAGCCUUACCUGCUUCACUCGGAACUCCACCUCCACCUCCGCCGCCGGCCUUUCCGCCCGGUGUUAUUAGAGGCGCACUCAGGUACUUCCCCAAAUAUCAUGUAUCAUUAAAAAAAAGGUUUAGAAUGAAUAUUAUCAAGAUCAAAAUUUUCUACAUUUUACUCCAAGAAAAAAUAGGUUCAAACAUCUUUGGGAGCUAGAGCCAAUUAGAGGCGCAAAAAAUGUCUAACCGAUAAGAUAAACAACUUUUGAUCUUAUGGAGCUUUGUAAAUAUGAACUUGAUAAGUUGAAAUAAUAGAAAACUUUAUUGUCAAAGAAUAUUCGAAAAUCAGUAUCGCUCUCUCUAAGGCUUUGAACUCUCAAAAACAAAACUUUGAAAAAAUAUUUUUUAUUUCCUUAAGGAAUUCAGAGAAGAUUUUUUCAUAGUUUCUGAAUCUCUGAAUGUUAUUCAUUAUUUUUACUCAGCCAAAAUUCAAAGGUUAUCGAUGAAAAUUCCAUCUUCACGCGUAAAAUAACUGGAGCGUGUCUGUAUGCUUUUACGACUUCACGAACUUGAAUCUUCAAAUCAAGGAAAUAUGAUAAAAGUAGUAGCUUCGAAUACACAAAAUGGGAUAUUUCAAAAAACGACUUUUCAGGGAAAAUGAUGAUACCGAUUUGAAUUCUGAAGUUAAGACCAAGAAACUCUCUAUUCUGGAUGCAAAACCUCCGGGUGAGACAAAAUUCGAUCUUUGGUCAAGGAUUAUCUUGAUAACACUUCAAUUAGUUCUAUUCGUACCCCAUUCGCCACGACUCGAAACAGUCUGACCUCUAUGUUCUCUUUUCUCUUUCAGUGGGGACAUAAAAAGCACAUAACGACGAGAGAGCAGAAAAAGUAGACUGCUUCGAGUUGUGAAGAAUGGGACAAAAUUGACUAUAAAGAUCAUAUUUUCAUUCAUAAGAAACAUGACACGUUUGAGGAGCAAAAAAGUCAGGAAGUGCCGAAAGAGACGCGGAGGAAAAGGCGAGAACCGUCACAAUAGUUUCCUCCUUUCUUCAGACUAUUCACGAUAAGAGUUUAGGUCAGAUGUGUGACCUACGCGAUGCACGGGAUCACUGUCAUUCUCUUUGUCUUAUGGCUGGUGAUCCUUCUCACGGGACUCAAGAUAGUUGGCAUAGCUGAGAGUCUCCUAAACUAA